CUCUUCCUUGUCUUUUCUACUGCAAAGCAACCACAAAUAUAUAUAUAUAUAUAUAUAUAAUAGAAAUUGAUGGAUGGAUAAGUAAAGAAAGAAAAGGAAAGGUGUGCCAAGUGACUUUUGUGCUUCUAGGUAUUGUUGGUUCCGUUCAAUCGGAGGCAAGCUAGCUUAUUACAGUAUUAUUGAGCUUUGGAUUUAAAGAGUGAUGAUUUUAAUUAGUGGUUUAUUUGGAAUAUAUCGAUAUUGGUGAAAAGAUAUUAUAGUCAAGAGUUCUAUAGUAUAGGCUUAAUUGUUUAUAUUGACAAAUAUAUAUAUACAUGUAGAGAGAGAGAGAGAGUGUGAAAGAGGGAGAGGAGAGCUCUAGUAUUCUUGUUUGUGUUCAAGAAAAAAAAAAUAUAUAUAUAUAGAGAGAGAGAGAGAGAGGUUGAGGAGGGAAAGGAGAGUUCUAGUAUUCUUGUUUGUGUUCAAGAAAAUAUAUAUAUAUAUAUAGAGAGAGAGAGAGAGGGAGAGGGAGAGGAGAGUUCUAGUAUUCUUGUUUGUGUAUAUAUAUAUUUUUAUAUAUAUGUAUAGAGAGAAAUUGGUUAUUGAUUUAGGGGUUGAGAAAGAGAAGUGAAAGAUCAAAAACCCUUAGAAGGAUUUGAUUUUUCUGAGUUGUUUUUGUUUUUGUUUUUUUUUUUUUUUUAAAUUUUUCUGGAUUUGGGUCAUUGGGUAUUAAUUGGUGAAUAAUCGAUUAUCAAGAGGUUGUUUGGUGGAUAAGAAAAUUGAUGGGAAAGAAGAAGAUAGUGAAGAAAACAAAGGAACUAUCAGUAGCAAUAGCAGAAUCAUCGUCAAUAGGUACCGAAGAACCCCAGCAAACUCCUAGAAAAAGAGGCAGACCUCGCAAAAUCAUUGAGAAGUCUGAUCAGAGCGAAGAGAAUAUUAAAGAAGAAGAAAAAGAAGUCAUCGUCGAGAGCGAAUCAAAGAAAGCCAAGACAACAAUAGAAGAUGAAGAAGAAGAGGAACAAGAAAAGCUGAAACAAGUGGCAACAACAACAUCACCGUCCAUGGCCAUGGGGGUUACAAAGAAGGAACAGCCUCCAAGAAGCAGAGCUAGGCGCAAAAGCAAGCCCAGAAAAAGCAGCUGAUUUAAGGUGAUUUAAUUAAACCCUUUUUUUUUUUGGUGGGUAAGUCAAAGAAUAGAAGAUCAAAAGAUGGAUUGUUUUGUUUCCUUCUAUUGCUUUUUUUUUUGUUUUUGUUUUUUUUUUUUUUUUGGGGUACUUUGUGCUAAAUAUUUUAUUUCUGGAGUUAUAUUUUCUCAGCUUUUUAUUUUAUCAAUCUCUCUUGCUAUGCAGAGAGGGAGAGGAAAUAUAUUAAAUGCAAAAAAUUGAUGGGUGAAGAAAAUAUUGAAAAAAAAAAAAAAAACAAAACAAA